AUGUCAUAAAGAGGGUGGAUAACUUCUGCACCAACACUACAGGCUGAUCAACCAACACUACAGGCUGAUCAACCAACACUACAGGCUGAUCAACCAACACUACAGGCUGAUCAACCAACACUACAGGCUGGAACAGAGCAGAUCCUUUUCAUUCUUGUCACACUCAUUGACCAAAAGCUUCAACAUCAUGAAACAUAUCCAGCUCCCCAGUGGCUACCAGUUCCUGAGAUGGCUGGGAGGGGGUGGCUUCGGGCAGGUGCUGGAGUGUUUAAACGUUAGCACCCAAGAUAUUGUAGCUAUGAAAGUCCAAGAACGUAACAAAUACUUUUAUAAGGAACUAUGCAUGCUCCGGUACCUCAAGAAGAAAAACACGGACUCGAGAUACAUUGUGCAGUUCAUUGAGCAACGCCUGCUGAAGAACAACAUGGCGGCUUUGGUGUUCGAGCGACUGGAUAUUAAUCUGUACAAACACAUCUUUCAAAACCCAGACAAGUCCCCUCUAGAUGUACAAGACAUCAGGAGCAUCAUCCACCAGUUGGCUACAGUGUUGGACACCCUAAAGACCCUCAAAGUGAUCCACACGGAUAUAAAGUUGGACAACAUCAUGGUGGUGGAUGGUAAAGAGAAGCCCCUCCAGAUCAAGCUCAUCGACUUUGGGUUGUCUUUGCUCUCCGAAGGGAAUCUAGUCGCCAUUAUACAAACGCCCCGCUUCAGGGCUCCAGAGGUUAUUUUGGGACUGCCGUUUACAGAGGCUGUCGACAUGUGGUCUGUCGGCAUAGUGAUUUCGUUACUCCUGCACGGGAUCUCGCCCUUUGCAGGCAAGCAAGAAGAUGAAAUCUUGUGUAACAUGGUGGAUAUUCUUGGCUUUCCUCCAGACCAUGAACUAGAAGCUGGGAUACACUCCUACAAGUAUUUUAAUAAAACCUGGAAAGGUAAGUGGCAUCUGAGUGUGAGGAUGAGGGAGAUGGUGAAGACGAAGGAGUUGUAUGGGCACGACAAGGCAAAAUAUCCCCACCCCACCUUGAAUUAUGUGGAUGCUGAAGAGAGGGAGCAGUGCAAUGACCUGCUUCAACAGAUGCUUCGAUGGAAUGCAGAUGAGAGAAUCACUCCGAGCCAAGUCCUCACUCAUCCAUUCAUUACGAGAGGAAUCUUCCAGCAGAGCUCAGAUAUCGACACUGUGAACCCAGGAACCAGGCAAUCAGAAAAACCAGGAACCCCUGAGAAAGAAAAGCCAGAAACCACAGAGACAGAAGAAACAGGAUCCCCAGAGACAGAAGUGUCAGUGCCUUCACCAACAAUAAGAUCCAUCCUAGUGAAAUCAGCUCCUCCUGAAUGCUGCUUUGGAUUGGAUGAGGACUCCAGGGGCAACUACGACGGAGUUCAAACAGGAUCUUUUAAGACAGAAAAAUCAACACCUUCACCAACAAUAAGAUCCAUCCUAGUGAAAUCAGCUCCUCCUGAAUGCUGCUUUGGAUUGGAUGAGGACUCCAGGGGCAACUACGACGGAGUUCAAACAGGAUCCCCUAAGACUGAAAAAUCAACACCUUCACCAACAAUAAGAUCCAUCCUAGUGAAAUCGGCCCUGGAGUCUGAGACCUCUGAACGAGGGAGCACCUCUGAGACCUCUGAACAAGGGAGCACCACUUUAGAGGACACAGAUCUGGUGGAAGAGGAGCAACAGCAAGAGAUGACAGUAAAAAAGAAGAAGAAGAAGAAGAAUCCCUUCAUCCGUUUCUGCGGCUGGUUAAGGAAAAAGGUCUCCUGCUGCACCUGUGCCAGUGAUGUUUUAGACUGAAUCCUGUCUUGGUAUAGACUCAGAACUUAGACAACGACAGCCUCCCCCCCGGAUGUGUGGGUUUCCUCCGGGCACUCCGGUUUCCUCCCACACAUCCAAAAAACAUCCGAAACCACCUCAAGACCUUCCUGUUAAAUAAAAAAAUACAACACAACUUCUGCAAAGCUACUUUGAGUGAUUUGAUCCCAUCAAUUAAUACAAUUAAUAAAUCAUUAAAGUAUGAAUAAAUGUA